ACAGAUAUAAGGCUGCUUCCCACUGAAGGGUCAAAAGAGCUGCUUUUGUGCUCAACCAUAAAAUUCUCUGGAACUACCUCCAGGGUUGGCUCAGCCCCAUAAAAGAGGGUUCCUGACAAGACAGAGGAAUUAAAAAGAAGGCUCUGAAGGACCCAGCUUGCACCACGAUGAAGAACUUCCCUUUGGCUUCCCUUCUUUUCCUGGUUCUUAUCCUGAGUGUCGAUCUCGGAGCUGCCACACGUGGCAGUGAUGUGGCCAAGUUCUGCUGUUUCCAAUACAGCCAAAAAACCCUUCCCUGGAAGCAGGUGCAUAGUUAUGAAUUCACCAGGAACAGCUGCUCUGUGAAGGCUGUGAUAUUCACCACCAAGAGAGGCCGGAAAGUGUGUGCCCAGCCGAAGGAAGCAUGGGUGCAAAGAUACAUUUCAAAACUCAGAGCCCAGCAACAACUGUGACCUGACCGCUGAAUUUUCGGUCCAAGACUCCUGGAUCCGGCUCUGCACUUGGCUCUGCUGUCCUUUGAUGGAGCCUGAAAAACUUCUCCAACCGAAGGCUCCACGGGUCUGGUAGGGUGGAGAGGAGAGUGUUUAACCAGUCUUGUUUUUAAUAAAGAUUUGAUUUGCUCAAUAAACAUUCUUAUUCAAUUAA